GCACCGUGUGUCCGGUCCGCGGCGCUGUUGUGCUGGGUUUACGGUUCGAGCUGUUCGCGUUUUGGAGGCAUAUUCUCUCUUUCAACACUUUCUCCCCGAUCCGCAGUGUUAGCUCAGCGUCUGUCCGAGCGGACCCGCUUUAUCAUGGCCGUCUGAAUCCGGAUUUGAUCCAAAUCUGAUCUCCUUUCCCCCCUUUUUCCCGACGUCGAGAAUUAUUUAUCGCAUUGGGAAUCGUUUCUUGUGGAAUAUUACUUUAUUUGUGCCAAUGUUCAAACAUGCAGCCUCCGCCGAGAAAGGUAAAAGUGACACAGGAACUGAGGAACACACACAUCGAUCAGAUCGGCCGUCUUCACCUCAAACAUCAGACAGAAUGUGAUUUAUUAGAAGAUAUGAGAACGUACAGUCAGAAGAAGGCGACACUGGAGAGAGAUUAUGCACAGGCCCUGCAGAAGUUGGCGAGUCAGUAUUUGAAGAGAGAUUGGCCCGGUAUCAAACCAGACGACCAGAGAACAGACUACAGGAAUGUAUAUGGAGUGUGGAGAGCAUAUCUCGAAGGCACCGUACAGGUGACCCAGUCUCGCCUCAAUGUCUGCGAAAACUACAAGAACGAGAUUUCAGACCCGGCCAAAACUGUUCGUUUCUACAAAGAGCAGCAGUUGAAGAAGUGCAUCGAACAGCUGGGCCGAAUCCAGGCAGAAAUCCAGGACUCAGUUAAAGACCUGGCCAAGUCCAAAAAGAAAUACUUUGAAUUGGAGCAAAUGGCCCAGGCUGUGCGAGAAAAGGCUGACAUCGAGUCCAAGUCAAAACUGGGGCUCUUUCAGUCCAGGAUUAGUUUACAGAAAGCCAGCGUGAAGUUGAAAGCCAAGAGAAGUGAGUGUAACUCGAAAGCGACACACGCGAGGAACGAAUAUCUUCUGACACUGGCGGCGGCCAACGCACAUCAGGACCGCUACUAUCAAACAGACCUGGUCAACUGUAUCAAGGGUCUAGAGGGAAAUGUGUAUGACCACGUGAAGGAUUAUCUCAUAUCCUUUUGCCGUACCGAACUGGAAGCAUUUCAAGCCAUCCACAACACCUUCCAGUUCCUCCUGGAAAAGUCCAGCCGAGUAAUGCAGGAUUUCAACCAACAGUUGUUCCUGCAGGAGAACCCGGUGUUUAUUAAAUCACAAGACUUUCAGUUCCAGCCCAGCGACAGCGACACUACUCUCAGCUCCGUCCAGCAGUUGGUGGACAUUGAGCCUUCGGCCGUCAGUGUGAUGCGAAUGACUCUAGCGCAGAGUCGGCAGCUGGAGUCGGAGACGGGCACCACCGAAGAACACAGUCUUAACAAAGAGGCGAGGAAAUGGGCAACACGGCUGGCCCGCGAACACAAAAACAUCAUCCAUUGCAAACGGACUCUAGAGGAGUGCGAGACGCUCGGGACUCCAACCACAGAACAGAGCCGGAAUGAGCUGGAAUUCCGAAUAGAGGAAGCCAAAGAGAACAUCCGGAAAGCAGAGACUGUAAAGCUUAAGGCCGAAGCUCGUCUGGAUCUUCUGCGACAGGUUGGUGUUUCCGUGGACACGUGGUUGAAGAGCGCCAUGAAUCAGGUGAUGGAGGAGCUGGAGAACGAGCGCUGGGCGUCACUACCCACCCUUACCACCCAUGACCUCUCUCUUUCAACCACUGUGGAUUUAGAGCGAGAGGAGGGCGAAGAAUCAGAGGAGAACAUGGAAACGCACGACGACAGCAGUUCAAGUCCUUCAGGGACUUUAAGAAACUAUCCGCUUACCUGCAAAGUGCUUUACUCAUACAAGGCCUCUCAGCCAGAUGAGCUUACGAUCGAUGAGCAGGAGAUGUUGGACGUCAUUGAAGAUGGAGACAUGGAGGACUGGGUGAAGGCACGCAAUAAGACCGGUCAGGUGGGCUACGUCCCGGAGAAAUACCUGCAGUUUCCCACGUCUAACAGUGUUUUGAGCAUGCUGCAGUCUCUUGCCGCUAUGGAUGCACGAUCGCAUUCAUCCAGUAACUCCACAGAACCUGAACUAACCUCCGGGAGCUUCAACGGAGACACCAGCGUGAGUUUUGUUAAGGCCAUGUAUGACUAUGAGGGUCAAACAGACGAUGAGCUGUCCUUCCCCGAGGGCGCUAUCAUCCGCAUCCUCAACAAAGACAACCAGGAGGACGAUGGGUUUUGGGAGGGCGAGUUUAACGGACGGGUGGGCGUCUUUCCGUCUGUGCUGGUUGAGGAUCUGAUGGCCUCAGAGAACGGAGACUCUCAUUGGCUGACGGAUGCACAAGUGUCACCUUGUCAAAGGCUUCAUUCAUCUCUUCCUCCUCUGCCGCUGUACGAUCAGCCUCCCUGCAGUCCAUACACGAGUCCAGAGACGAGCUCCGCCCCGGCCCUGCCCCGCUCACCGUCUGUUAAUGGAGAACACAAACCGCCCUCGCUGCAGAAAGCACCGGUUCACGAUCACAGUUCCAGUUUAAGUCCAGAGAGUCCAGGUUUCCCUCAACCGUUGAGACUUACUCCAGAUGGAUUGGGCCCUGGAAAACUCAGACCUGUUCGAGCAGCUCCUCCCCCUCCAAAACAGCACCCCCGCAGGCAAGUGGAGAAAACCGAGGAGGUGGAGAUCACGCUGGUGUAGAGCUCCGCCCUGAUGGACGCAGAACACACCCCACCUGACCUCUAACUCCUCCCACUCCACUCAGGAGGGGGCGUGGUGCACUUCAACCCACCCUAUGAGCAUCCUUCUUUCCCUGAAAUCCGGAGAACAUCAUCUCGACGGCAUCGACAAACGUUUCUUUAAAAAACAAACACAGACUGUUUGGUGCCUUAAUGCGCUUUCAUGCCAAACUUCAAUCCUUGUAUUCGUAAUUACUUUUAUUGUUAAAAGGGAACGGAAGAGUAAAUCCGCUCAAUGCUGGUAAUGAUCAUUUAGAAACGGACUGAUGUGUAAGUGUAAAACAUCUCUAAAAGACUUUAUUGGUUUGACGGAGGCCACGCUUGCACAUUUGCAACAGGAGGCCUGCGGUGAGGAAAGGGUCGGACAUGAAUAUUUACCAUUUACGUAUUUUUAUGUGUAACAGCACAGUACAUUACUGUCGUCGUAGGAAUGUUGUGAGAUCAAAGAGACAUCUUAAGAAGAAAGGGAAUUGUAUAUAAAACAAAAAAGAGAAGAGAAAACAGAAAGAGGAGACGGUGAAGGUAAAAUGGACAGAUGAGAAGAAAGGCGGGUUCCUUUCCUCUUUAUUCUGUCUUUUGUCUCCUUCACCUCCUCCAGUCAGAAUGUUUCUCUUCUGUCGUGUCGAUCUAAAUAAACCUACUAACCUACAUAACUAUAUCCUUUUCUCAGCUUUUCAUUAUGAAGACCUGUGUUUGUACGUAUUACUAAUAUUUAGUCCUCAAAAGAACUGGCGGAGACAGAUUUAAGGAUGUUUCUGAGCGUCUGCUAGAGAAUAUGUGAUGAUGUUUGCCUUUGUAUUAUUGGUGUGCGUGUGUGUGUGUGUCUGGGCAGAAUAUAAUCAUACAGAUCAAUAUACAUUAUCAUUUAAAACGCAUUUCUCAUUGUAUCAGCACUAUCGAUGACUACGUGGGACUUUUUUAAGCGAUGACAGUAUUUUAAAAUGGGAGGAAUCUUGUUGAUAUGAAUGUUGAUUCUCUCCAACAAGCACAGAAAAGCCGCACAUGUGGACGGAUGGACUGAUAUGGAGAUGUUUGGUUUGCAGAUUUGUUAUUGUGUUAUCCUAAGUGCAUUUCCUUCGUAUGAGGGGCAGCUAUGUUUCUUUUUUGUCUUUUGAGAUAUAUUUCAUGCAUAGAAAUGGAUUUAAAAUACCUUUAAUUUACAUAAUCCUCACUGAUUUAUCAUCUGUAUUGUUCUUCGUGUGCAUAUCUUGAUGCAUCCCAGCACUCUUGACUGCCCUUUGUUUUAUAAGAUUUUAUUUGUUUCCCAGUUUUCAGCGAUGAAGCUGCCCAGUGUUGUGUUAUUAAUUUUGUAAGUGUGAUUGAUUGUAGUUUUCCCAUACAGUUUGAAAGAAAGCAAUUAUGUUUAUUCCAUAAUGUUGACAGUGGAAAGAGAAAAACCAUCCAUUUUGUGAAAUGGUACCAUAGUUCUGUUAAACACGAACAGGGUCAUUACGAGAAGAAGUUGAGCGUGCGAGAGCGAGACAUCGUAGGAAAUAAACAUUUGAUCGGUAGAUUUUUUUAUAAAAGCGGAAGAUGUUGGAAUAUCUUCCCUUCGUUUCUAUUUUCCUUUGUCACGACCUGUUUUCUUGUUGAUCUCGUUGAGAUCUUUUGAAUGUUAUCAAACUUGUUUUGAAGUUUAUGGUUAGAGGUUAAAGCCCAUUGUGUCAAAAAACUGUUCUCACCUACAAAAAAAAAAGUAAAUAGGCUUUUUUAUUACGCUCCCAGAUAUUUUUGGCCAGUUUCAACUCUUUGGAGCCUCUUCUGUAGCGUUAGCUGCAUUGUUUAGUUGUUUUACUUCCAAGUGUUUUUAUUUGCAUUUCUAAAAAUUUGAAGGUGAUUCAGAGCUGCUAGAAAACAGAUUAAAAAAAUACAACAAAUUGACUGUCGACUGCAGUGACAAUAUCAGAGAACAGGUGAAAAAUAUUAUUUCUGCAUAUUAUUAGCUGUAAAAUUAUUUGUAUUUAUUGUGUACAAAUGUUAAAUAAAAAAUUGGGGAACGUUG